AUGGCUUCUCGUUUCUUUACCGCCGGCCUCUUCGCCGCCUCCGCCUCUCAGGUCAUGGCUUCUUGUGCCUACGGGACCCAUCUUGACCCCCGCGCCGAGGGAGGAAAGGUCAAGGUCAACACUUUCGCUUACACUGGCAGUAAUGGUCCUCUGAACUGGGUUGCUCUGGACCCUCAAGUCAAUGCCCUCUGCGCCACUGGCAAGACGCAGUCUCCUAUCGACAUGGUUGCCGGUGCCUUCAACACUCUUCCCGGUAGCUCCAUCAACCUCGCGAUUCCCGACAUGGAGGAGACCGAGUUUGAGAAUUUGGGAACCACGGUUGAGGUCAUCGCUAAGGGAGGCUCAAUGCAGGUCGGCGGGUCCAACUUCACUUUGCAGCAGUUCCACUUCCACUUGCCUAGCGAGCACCUCGAUGCUGGAAGAAGCAUGGCCAUGGAGAUGCACAUGGUCUUUGAGGGUGCCAACCAGGAGAUUGCCGUCAUUGGUACUUACAUCGAUGUUGAGCAAGGAGCCGCCGCCGCUCCGCCUGCCACUGAGCCUGCCUCUGGACAGAACAAAACCACUGAACGUCGCAGUAAGAUGUCCCGCCGCCUCGCUGUCGAUGCGGCCCAGGCUGCCCAACCGGCCGAGGCCCCUAAGACUAUACCCGGCAUGACCCUUAGCCCUGUUAAGGCUGAGGCCGCCUCAUCCAACUUGCUUUCUACCGUCUUUUCCUCCCUUGAUGCUAUCAAGGAACCUGGUACCGUUACCAAGGUUAGCGGUCUCAACAUGCAAGAGGUCGUUACCCUCCUGACCGCAGGCAGCUUCCAGAGUUACAUGGGCUCCCUCACUACUCCUCCAUGCAGUGAGGGUGUUCAGUGGUUGGUGUCUACUCAGCGCCUCAUGGUCCAGCCUCAGACUUUCAACGCCGUCCGCGAUGUUAUCGGUUUCAACUCCCGCUUCCCGCAGAACUCCCCUGGCCAGGAAAACAUCCUGCAAAUCGCGCAGAAGUCGGUCGCUAGUGCCGGCGCUGGCAGCGUUGCCGCCGCUCCUGCAGUUCCUGCAGCUGCUGCCCCGGCCGCUCACGCAUAA